GCCCCCCCUCCCACGCCCGCGCGGCGGCAGCUGCCGGCAAGAGACUGGGAGGAGUUUUCCCACAGUCUCCGAGGCGCGCGCGAGACAAGGACGGAGAUGUGGCGGCACGUGGCACGGCCAGGGUUUUCCUCCCCCUCCCCUCUCUACAUUCCCCACGAGCACCGGGCCGUGCCGACCAAUGACGGCGUGGCCGGCGCAUGCCGCUCGCAAGGCCCGCCAGGCCGGCGCUGAUUGGCCGCGCCGAGUGCACGACCGAGGACGGUGUUUAGAAGAGGAGGGGGAAGAGCCGGGACGGGCCGCCGCUUUCUCACGACGGUGGCGGCACGCAGGGGUACGGCAGGGGGGAGGAGAAACCAUUUUCGUCGAGCUAAAGGCCCUGGAAAUCACCGCGGCGGCGCGCGGCUCCCCCCUCGUGGCGGAGAGCGAGAGGGGAAGUAGGGGAGGUCUCGCGCGCGCGCGCAUGCGCGGUCGCGUAUCCAUUACCCCUCUCCUCCCCCCCCUUCAUCUUUCACGCGCCGGUCUUGCCACCGCGUCAUUCUGCUGGUGGCGGUGCGACGAGCAACGUUCUACUCGGAGCUCUUCGUCGGCCGUGUGCGUGUGCGUGCGCGCGUGAGUCGCGGGAUAAGCAGUGCGUUGUUAUCUUUGCCACCGGGAGCCAUGGUGACCGGCGGAGGGGCGACGGCGGCCGGAGCGGGGGCGGGCGCCCUGGCGCCCAGCACCACCACGGCCGCGCCGCCCCCGGAGACGGCGGCGGGGCUGCCUCCAAGGAGGACCAACGAGAACCGACGGAGCAAUAAACCAAUCAUGGAAAAGCGUCGGAGAGCGAGGAUAAACAAUUGUCUCAAUGAAUUGAAAACGCUUAUCUUGGAUGCAAUGAAGAAAGAUCCGGCGCGCCACUCCAAGCUGGAGAAGGCGGACAUCCUGGAGAUGACGGUGAAGCACCUGGAGAACCUCCAGCGGCAGCAGGCGGCCAUGUCCGCCGCGACGGACCCCGGCGUGCUGAACAAGUUCCGCGCCGGCUUCAGCGAGUGCGCGGGCGAGGUGGGCAGGUUCCCCGGCCUCGACUCCCCCGUGCGGCGCAGGCUGCUCCAGCACCUCGCCAACUGCCUGAACGGCGCGAGCUCCUCCCCCGAGUCGACGGCGACCCCCGCGCAGCAGCAGCACACCGUCCAGGUGCACAUCCUGCCCACGCCGGCCUCCGUCGUCGAGGGCCACUCCGUGCCGACGGCCAUCGCCACCUCCCAGAGCGGCAUCUUCCUGAGCGCCGCGGGCUCCGGCGGAGGCCUCCAGCUCGUGCCCACGCGGCUCCCCAACGGCGACAUCGCGCUCGUGCUGCCCUCCUCGGGCGCGGGGACGUCGCACGUGCUCAGGCAGACCGUCGUCGCGUCGCCCGUCUCCUCCCCGGCCCCCUCGUCCUCGUCCUCCCCGCUCCCCAUGCUCAUACCCAUCCCCUCGCGCACCUCCUCCACCUCCUCGGCGGCGUCGUCGGCGUCCUCGAGCGUGUCGGCGUCCGCGGAGGGCUUCGAGCGGCUGGCGGUGAGGAGUCCGCCCGCCGUGGCCCCGGCGCCCGUCUGCAGGGACGUGGCCACGUCUCCCGCCAGCUACCAGUCGCCCCUCAGCCCCGGCCACAGCAGCAGCAGCAGCAGCAGCAGCAGCAGCAGCAGCAGCUACGACGCGCUGGACAGGCCCUACAGCCCGCCCUUGUCGCUGGUCGUCAGGAAGACGGAGCAGCCCCCGGAGGAAGACAAGCCGUGGCGGCCGUGGUAACCACCCGUCGCCAGGCGUCUGGCAAUAAUGCGGUGGAUACAGUUUUAAUGUAUCUCGUGACUAUAAUAGUGCAACUGUGAUUUUAGUUUUACUGUAGAGAUGGAUGGUAACACUCAAGAUGAGCUAUAUUUUUGCUCGACAAAAAUACAAAGAUACUCUUUUCUGUUUUCACUGGAAUUUACUUAAUGUCACCAACUUACCUACAAAGUAUUGAUUGAAACGAAAUUAAUAGUUUUGCGCUGUUGAUUUAACUACUGCUUUUUAUACUAUUUAUCGAAAAAAAAAUUGAUGUAUGCUUUUUCGAAUAUUAAAAGUGACUCAACUCUUAUACUCUGCAGAUAUAAAAUUGUCAUUAAGUAGUACAAUUAAUAUUUAAAAAAAUAUAUUUUUUAUGUCCUUGUUUUGUCAAUUAUUGUUUACACGGUGUUACUUGUUGAUAAUGCAUAGAAGCGAAAAUGACUGAAUAAUAUUGUAACAUAAUACAUACUUUAUAUGCUUAAAGUAUAUCUAUUUUUAUAGCAUCAUUGUACAUAGUUUGUAGUUGAGGUGUUUUUUUAAUUUGAAAGUGCCUUAUACAACAAAAUCACAAGUGUCUUCCUCCUUAUUUUAAUGUAUUAUAUCGCAUACAAACUAUUUAUAUAAAUUUGUUAAUGAGAUUUGUCUAAUAAAACACUCUGUAAGAUA